CCUCCCAUUGGCCCGCUCAGGUAAACCAGUAUACGCGGCCCCAUCGCACGUACACGGGAAAUUGAGGCUACCAGAUACCUGUCCAGCAAAAUUACUCGAAAACUUAUAAACUAAGACAGUUACUUGUCAAAUGUGAAGAAGGCUGUGAACGUUAUCAUACAAUUGACGAGAUUCUCGAUUGUUCACGUCGCGAAUUACGGAUACCUGUUGAUUUAGAACGAAAUUUACAGAAAAGUGCAACGCCGCCUCGAUAUUUGUGUUUGGUGACAGUGAAUGGUUUUCUGUGUUUUGUAGCCACAUUCUGUGACGAUUUUGUGUUGAUAUUAAAAGAAACGUUAAGGUACUCCUCGAUAUUCCCGUUUUUUUUUACUUCGCGCCCGAUAAGACAUUAGAUUUACGCAAAAAUACUCCAGCUUUAUAUAUCCCAUAGUCAUACUUGUUGUUGUGAUAUUUAUUGUUAAUCCGUGUGUCCUCGAACUGAAAAAACUUAGGUUAAGUUAAGCAAAUACUGUGAUUUUAAAAUAUAAAGGCAUAUAUACCGGCAAUAUUUAUUUCUAAGCACUGUAAGAACUCAGAAACUCCAUAAAACGUAUUUAUAUUUACCGUUCUGAACCAACGGAUUUCACCUAUUCGUGUUCAACAGGUGUCACGUGGCAAAAUGUCGGAUUGUUUAUAAUUUAAUCGUAAAUAUGUGGUUCUAGUUCGCGUUCUCGGCAAUAUCCUUCGCAAAUGAGCAUUAAGGGCUUGAACAUGAUAGGGCCCCACCAUAUAUGUAUCCUGUAUGUGGCCACAGCGGGUCUCCAAGGGCCCCUUAUGGGAUCCGACGAGCAGGAGAUCGUACUUCUCAUUUACGUGAUCGUGGAUGUGAUUCAAAACAAGAUCGUGGGGGUCCAGCAGUAUCCAAUCAGGCCACAAACGGCCGAUGUGAACGAGAACAUCCUAUCGGAACAGUUGACUUCCGAGUCAGUCUUGACCGACGAACUCAUCAAGUCAAGCGGAAGGCAGAUCGAGGACGCUUUGAACGAGUUUGACGCUUACUGUAAUAGUUUACACAUAGACCCCCACAAUGCUGGUUUCCGGUUGAUAACUGACGGACAGCUACCCCUCAGGCAAUGUCUCCAUCCAGAGGCAUGCAGGAAAGAUAUAGAUCUGCCCCUUUACUACAGCAAGUUCCAUGACCUUAGGAAAGAAGUAGCCAGGUUUACAGGGAAAUCGGACGACCCGCCGCAAAGUGUGGCAGACAUGUUAGAAUGUUUACAAAUAAAGCCAGAAAGCGAAAACGAAUUCUACAAAAAAGAAGCGAAAGACAUGGUGAACGUUGUACAAAGACUACUUUUAGAAGGGUAUAGAUUUGAUGCACCGGAAGCUAUAAAUUUGACGUUAGAGCCAGGAAUAUGUUCGAAAGACGAUGAAAUAGAUGGCAAUUGUGUGGUGAGAGCUAGAGGACUACCUUGGCAAAGCAGCGACCAGGACAUAGCGAAGUUUUUCAGGGGCUUAAAUGUUGCAAAGGGCGGCGUAGCUCUUUGUCUUUCGGCGCAAGGGAGACGGAACGGAGAGGCUUUAGUUCGAUUCGUGAGUCAAGAGCACAGGGACAUGGCCCUCAAGAGGCACAAGCACCACAUCACCAACAGGUACAUCGAGGUGUACCGAGCGUCGGGAGAUGACUUCCUCUCGGUGGCAGGGGGUUCCAGCUGCGAGGCGCAGGCCUUUCUAUCCAGGGGAGCGGCCGUUAUCGUCAGGAUGAGGGGGCUGCCCUACGACUGUACGGCGAAGCAAGUUCUGGAUUUCUUUGCAUCUGGAGAAAAUUCCUGUUCUGUAUUGGAUGGGAACGAUGGGGUUCUCUUUGUGAGGAAGCCUGAUGGCAGAGCCACAGGUGAUGCCUUUGUACUUUUUGCCAGUGAAUCUGACUCUCCUAAAGCUCUCUCCAAACACAGGGAAUGUAUUGGUUCCAGAUACAUUGAACUGUUUAGAUCUACCACGGCUGAAGUUCAGCAGGUCUUGAAUAGGUCGUUAGAUCCUAAAAAUUUUGAAACUCCGGCACCGUUAAUCCCUCAACUACCCCAAUUGGCUUUGCUGCCACAACACAUUAUUACUUCUGGGACCCGAAAAGACUGUAUUAGGUUAAGAGGACUGCCCUAUGAAGCCCAAGUUGAACACAUACUGGACUUUUUGGGAGAUUACGCCAAAAAUAUCGUUUUCCAAGGUGUCCACAUGGUGUACAACGCUCAGGGGCAGCCUAGUGGGGAAGCAUUUAUCCAAAUGGACUCUGAGCAAUCGGCAUUCAUAACAGCGCAACAGAAACACCACCGUUACAUGAUAUUCGGAAAGAAGCAGAGGUACAUCGAAGUGUUCCAGUGUUCCGGGGAAGACAUGAAUCUCGUACUGACCGGUGGCAUCCCCACCUCCGUCUCACCAACUAAAGCCGCACCAGCUCUACUCAGCCCCGGCGGUAAUAUCUUACCAACACCACCGUUCCACCCUGGACCAAACUUCUCUGGUUAUGCUCCAGUACAGUUAGCUGCCGCUCCAAUUGGUCCUCCAAGACAGUUCUUGCCACCACCCAUAUUUUAUUGGCCAUAUCCGAGCCCUCCAGUUUCUCCAACAAAUUAUUACCCUACCAUGCCCCCACCUGGAGCCUUGCCACCACAGCAGCCUCAACAGCAAAUGAUACCACCAGAAUGUGUAGCUCUACCCCAAAUAGCACCUAUGCCAGCGAUAGACGCCAGGCUAAUGGCCGAAGGAAUGCCCAGACCUGAGGCAGAUAAAGCCAGACAGAAUUUUGCACCAAAUCAGUAUGUGGAGAUUAUAAUUUAAAAUUUAUUGAAAAUACUUGUUACUAUGCACCAGUCUUGCAGUUUUAGGUGGAAAAUUCCUGAUUGAGAGGGAAGUAAAAUUUGACAUAAUUGUAAGUUUUUAUCUGCACAUAUCAAAUGUCUAUAAUAGGAUGUAUAGAUAUAUAUAGUUAUUAUUUAAAUUAAUAUAUUACAGAUUAAUAUAUUUUGUUUGUUGACAUAAAUUAUUUAUGUUUUUAAAAUUUGUUUAUAUAUGCAAGAUCAGUUUAUUAUCACUAGAUUAUAGUCACCUAAAAGGUUUUAUCAUAGCGAUUUGAAUAUUUUAAGAAGCAGACUGCUUGAGAUCAUUUGGAGGAACAUUUUUGUUUCAAAAAAUUUUAGAAGGUAGUGAGUAAAGUAUUGAUUUAAUGUAUAAAUUAUCAUAUGAAUGGCAUACUGUUAUAUUUUAUACAUUUGUAUUUCAUCGCUAACAUGUCGCAUUUAAAAAAAUUGAAGAUUAUCGAUAAUAUUGACCUAAUUCAUAAUAAUGAAAGGUUUUAAGAAUUGAACUUACCAAAAAUUAAUUUUAUUAAAUCAUGAUGUUAACAUUUUAUAUUUUUCAUGUUAAUUCUUCCAAUAAACCAAUAACUUGUUCAAGUAGUUAACAAUUAUUGCUUUUACUAAUUUUUUAAACAAAUCGGUUGGUUAUUACAUAUACCAAAUAAAGUUUAAUUAAAUUAAUUCAUUGAAAUACUUAAUUUGAAAUAUUUUUUUCGGUAAUUUUAUAAACUCACGCUUUUAACUGAAAACCUUCUAGUGAAAACUAACAUCAAGGAAGUAAAGUAAUAAUUUAUCGGAUAAUGAAAAAUAUAUAAAAAUUUUUGACAAAUAAACAUUAAACUUUAUAUAUGCAAUAGUUUUACAUUUAUGUUUAAUUUCGGAGGAACGUAACAUUACAUGUUAAAAAUGCAAACACACAAAAAUAUUAAAACUAAUAUAUUUUGUCUGAUUUCAUUUUUUAACUCGUGAAGUUAUACCCCGUUUCUUUGCAAAACACAUAAACAACUUCGUGUAUUUUUAAAUACAUACAUGUUCUAUUGUCAAAAAAUAUAUUUUUAUUAUAAUGAGAAAUUUAAAUCCUAAAACUAAACACUGACACAUAACUACAAUUAGUGAUAAUGCAAAUCUGGUGACAUGUAUAAAAAAAACAAGCAAUUUGUGAGGAUACCUACUUCUAAAAUAUUAGCAUGUCUGUAUCACAGAAAUAAUGAAAAAAACUAGUAUACUUAUUUAGGUGCAUGAUAUUUUACUAUGUAUACAUAUUUCCCACUAUACUGGAAGAUAUUGAUGUUAAAAUCAUUUCCAAAUAUAUAGAUAUCUUCAAUUUUUUUCCAAAAAUACAUGUCAUACUUAUAUUUUUCGUAGUGUAGAAUAACAACGUUACUGUUUAAUUGCUCAAAUAAAAAAUAUCAUAUUUAUUAAUUCCAUAAAGAAAGAAAUUGGUAUAAAGGUUUUGUACUUUUGUAAAUAAUUAAAAAAAUAAAUAUAAAGUAACCAGAAUUUCUGUUAAUGAAGUUGCUUUUGGUUAUAUGUCAUAUUUUUGAAGCGAAAAUGGCUCCAGUCCUUUUAGACAAUAUAGUUAUCAAAUAAUAUUGAUUUUUUUACAGGCAAUUUUAGUAAUCAUUUUUUAAUUUAGAAUAUGUAACGUAACAUACUUAAAUAAUUAAAUACUUGACUAGCUUGAGUAUUUUAUUCGAGACAACAAAAUUUGCUUCGUCUUCCAUUUUAGAAUAGAACUUGUGAUUGUUUUAUGUUUAGCAAAAGAAUUAGCCUCGCUUUCAUGCUUAACAUUAAUUGUGAUUUUUUUUGUUGUUGUAGUAGUAAACGCACACAUUGUGUCACUGCAAUAUUAUACAAUUCCUAUUACAACGAAAUAGUCUUUUUGCAUGAGGUUAGUUACUAUUAUACUAGAAGAAUAUUUAGCUACAUUUUAAUCAAUGCUCAAAAUUAGUAGUAAUGUGCAAUAAUAUAAGAUUUGAUAGAAUUAUACUUAUAUUAGUGAUCCGCAUUAGUCAAACUGACUAUAAAUAGUUAUUUCUAUUGUUAAAAUGUUUAUGAUAGUUUUAUUUAGAAGUGUUGAAAGAAAUGACCUGGUUUAAAUUACAAAAAAUAUAUAUCUCUUCCAGUUAGGAGUCUAAAUAAUCAAAAUACAUGCAAGGCAACAAAAUUAUUGCGGGAAAUCUUAUCGUACGCUGUAAUUGAUAUAUACAUAUAAACACUUCCAAAUAAAGCUUAUAGUUUGUUAAAACGUAGUCAUAAAGUUUUUUAAUCCUUUAUUCUCGUCAGAUUUUUCAAAUCUGGCUGAAAUUAUUAGUCGACUAUAGUGUACCUACCUAUAUAUCUGCAGUUAGUAUAAGGACUUUUUUGAAUGACAUUAUUUUUUAAGUAAUUAUAAGAUCUAAAAUUGUUAUUUCUUGUGAUUUACUGUUCUGUUUUUAAGGACAUAUAAGGAAUGGUAAUUGUUUACAAUAAUAAAAGUCGCAUACAGUGUAAGUUAUCCAAAAGUGUACCUUUUUUAUGUGGAAGAGUUGUGUGAGUGUGACUUUCAUUAAAGUAAAUAAAUUCCAUGAAAUUAGUUUAUAUAAAUCUACUUCGAUUUAUACUGUUUUUGUUUUCAUAUUAUAAUAGACAAUAAAAGUAUCACUUGUUAAA